GGAGGAGGCUGAGAGGCAGCAGAAGUGCAGCUGAGCCAACCCGCCUUCCUCGACAUCUGUGGGGCGCAGCAGCGCAGUGAUCUACUCCACUCCAAGCAAUCUUCUAUUCCUGCAGCUUCUUGAUCCUCAGCACUUAACAGCUCUGACCAGCAUGAAAGACGAUGUCAGUAUUCUGGAACCGUUCUUGGAGGAUGGAGACUACAGCAACCUUAUACCUGUACAGAGAGUCUCAUGCAGAGACAAGCUGUGGGGAAUUCUUCCACAACGUUCUGCAGCAUCAUGUCUCGACUUAUGGAGCCGCUUUGAUUAUGGCAUGGCCUGUUUUUCCCACAAGCCUUUAAAGGAAAAGGCCACUAUGACUGAGGCCACUGGGUCUCCAGUCAAGAGAACAAUCUGGGCUUUGCUUAUGAUUCUCAUCUUCUUGGCCAUUGUGCUAAUCGUGAUGAGUGUUGUCUACAUCUGUUUCAUUUGGUGUCCAUGGAGCCAACCAACGCAAGCUGAAGUUGGCAGGAUCAGAGGGUGGGAGAACAUAACAGAGGUCAUCUCAGUUGUACCAGAAAAGCUCAGUGUUGCGACGCUUCUCAAAGCCCAGAGCGAAGAACCACCUUGGGGAGCUGUGAGGAAUUGCUUAGACAAAGCUGUUCUGAAGUUCUCGGAAGAGCCAGAUGUGUUGAAAAAGAAUGCCAGGAUGGUCCUUCAGUGUAAUGGAACAAGGCGGGAGUUCCUAUCUGGAGAAGGGGGAAAUGACAUUGAAGUAGUCUGGAUCAAUGGCAGGGCAGAAUAUCUUGUGCAUGAAGCCAGCCUUGAAGUCCGUGUGGCAAGGCUUGGCCAGCAUCCGUUGCCACUGAAUCUCACCACCAUUAUUGGAGUCCGCCAGGAUCUGGCUGUCCACGGUGCUUUGGAGGAGCUACAGGGCUGCCUUGAUAAGGUUGUGCAGGAAUUUCCCUAUGAGCCUAUCGUGGUUCAGAACAGUGCCAAAUUGGUGAUAUCAUGUGGGGCAGACCUGAACUUUGUAUCCGGUGAGCAGCAAACCGAGAUCGUUGUGUACAGAGAAAACAACACAAAUGGGGAGAUUCAGUAUCAGGUGAAAGCUACUGGGUGGGCUUGGUUGGUGAGGUUUUUUACAAGAGGCUCCAUUUAGCUCCAUGAUUGAUGGUGAACGAUGGCUUGGGCAGGUAGUCAAGGAGCUAGGAUAGUUGGAGUUAAUUAUAAAGCGGAAAGAAAAAGGGAGCCAACCCCCCCCCCCCCAAAUACUUGCCAAAUAGACAAGGAAGAACACAAUGUGAUCUUAAAUUUCUGUUGUAUUAGUACUCAACCAGAUUAAUGCAAUAAUACAUUCAUAAACAAUCAUUAAUUCUGUCAUAUAAAAUGCGUACUUUGCAUCAGAUUCAUUCAUAAGUAACCGGAACCUUUCAUGAAUGAUUUCAGUUAAAUGCCACAAAGGGCUUAAGGAAAACACAGUUCGUCUGGGACAAAAAUGACUGGCAGCUUAUGUCCUCCAGUGUGUUAAUAUUUCUUAAGCGGACCGACACAUAGUUCUUAGCCCUCACAUCCAAGUCAUCAAGCAAAUUCUUCGUUAGAUGCUACUUGGUAUCGUGAUCACAAUGUAACACCUAGUAUGGAGAUGUCACGCCCACAGAAAAAUUUCGCAGCAAUUGCCGAAGUGCUUAAGUAUAUAGUUCCAGCUGUUACAUUCGUGUAAACUUGUGCAAAGUAACGCAUACAAACAGUAAUAUGCACUGUGUUUUACAAGAGCUCAUGACGCUCUUGUUAUUGGUGUCCAACCAAUUCUUCUAAAACACGCAGUCUUCAGCAAUGUACAGCAAUCUUCAAUGAUAUGCAAAACGCUAUGCGCUACGAGCGUUUUCGGUUCUUCGUCAGUGCUAAAGUGCUUACAUGCAAUAAUUUAACGCAAGUGCAUUUUUUUAUCUAAAAUACAAUACAAAAAUCUAUUAAGAAUGUUUACAAAAAUGUUUUAAAUUUUUUAAAAAUAUAAUUAAUUAUACAUAUGGGCAGGUAGUCAAGGAGCUAGGAUAGUUGGAGUUAAUUAUAAAGCAGCAUCUUGCCUUCAAAUGUGCAGAGUCUGGGGAAGGGCAGUCAAAUUAGUUCAGUCUUCAUCAGUACCCAUUCAUUGCAUGGUGGGCAAUAGUAAGAGGUUCAGAGGUAGUUAUUUAGCAGUUCACUGAUUCAGCAUUCUAUUCCAUGAUGUCUUGGAAUCUCAGUGUGAACUUUUGCAGAAUCUCAAGUUAAAGUUUGCAGGCUUUUUAAACUAAUGGUUUUUGCAUGUAAUCAAUCAGGAAAAUAAAUGCUAGAAAACUAAAUAUAUAUUGUAUUGGCUAAGGCUCACUAAAAGUUCACUUCUACCCACUAAGUAGCGUUUAUUAAAAUGUUACUUAUGGAUGAAAAUCCACAGGUUGCAGAAGGAAUCGCAAAGUUAUGUAUAGCAGCUUGCACAAUCUGUCAGACUGUUGGGUAAUAAUGUAGAAUGUAAGUUUUAGCGUUAUUACUUUUUUAAAGACUGUAUGUAAAUUUUCAGUCUCUGUGUUAAUAUUUUGGGUUCUGCUGGAGGGAUCUUUGGAGAACUGUGCAGGUCUACAAAUUCAUAAAGAUUUAUUUGAUUUCCAUUAAUUCAGUGCUUCAUGAAUAACCUAUAGUGUUUGAAAAUGUUAUUUUGCUGUUAUAACCUAUCAGGUGCAGUGCCUGUAAGGAUAUUGUAGAAAAUCAAUACAGGUCAAAUGCAUCAGAGUUUUUUUGACGUGGGGAGGAAGAAAGAAGGACACGUUGACAUUUUUAGGCAUUAGUGUAAGAUGCUUGCUGAUCCUAAGGUUAAAGAUUCUUGGGAGGUUCAUCACUAAGAUCUCGUUUGACCGUCCUUUUCUUUCUCCAGAGCCAAAAUACUGCACUUUCAAUAUUUUUGCUCUUUAUUCAUGUGGUUUUAGCCUAUGAGUGUGAUUGUUUUAGCCUAUGAGUGUGAUCGUUUGUUUCAAAAUUCAAUGAAUGUAUACAUUUGGACAGUUCAGACAAUAUACUAAUUUAACACUUUUCUCUACAACCAGUAAUCCAACUGAAUAGAACUCUUAAGUACUUCCAAUAAAUGCUUAAAUUCUUA